AAGAGCAACUAAGCUCUGAAAAUUCUUGUGUGCUAUUUUUUAAAACACAAGGUGAAACUUCUGUGGAACACCCUUUCCUUUCCAUGGAAGAUUUCACAUUAAUCAUUAUGACAGAAGCUCAGAUAGAGCUGCUGAAUAAGUUUGGAACAGAUUGUGUGUGCCUUGAUGGCACACAUGGGUUAAAUGCCUAUGGUUUUGAGUUAAUAACUCUUUUAGUAAUAGAUGACUUACGACAAGGGUUUCCGUGUGCUUUUAUGGUGUCUAGUAGAUGUGACCAGCUUGUGCUAGAAAUUUUCUUCGAUGAAAUUAAAAAGAAGACUGGUGAAAUAAAGUGCAAUGUCUUCAUGUCAGAUAUGGCGGAUGCAUUUUAUAAUGCAUGGUCCUCCAUCAUGCCAUUGCCAGAGAAGCGUCUGUUUUGCGCAUGGCACGUUGAUCAUGCAUGGAGGAAGAAUUUGAAGCGCAUUGUGUCUUCAGAAAAGAAACUUGCAACAUACAAGCUCUUGAAGUGUCUGUUGUAUGAACAGGAUGAGGAUGCAUUUCUGGUUCUUAUGAAUGCUACUUUAGAGAAGUUAUUAGAGGAUCCUGAUACAGUGGACUUUGGCCAAUAUUUUUCAAAAUAUUAUACUGAAAAUGUAGAAUGUUGGGCUUAUUGUAAGCGGUUACACUCAGGUAUAAACACUAACAUGCACCUAGAAAGGAUGCAUCGUACUCUUAAAUAUACAUAUUUGCAUGGCAAAAAUGUUAAGAGGCUGGAUAAAGCGAUUAAUGGCAUUAUGCUUUUUCUCCGUGACAGACUCUAUGAUAGGUUAAUCAUAAUUCAUAAAGGGAAAUUGACCAGAAAACUGGUAGACUUAAGAAAUCGCCACAAAAAGAGUUACAACUGUAACUUCAUCUGUGUCAAAUCUCCAGAUUCAGUAAAUGAAUACCUUGUUACAUCAUCCGAUGGCAAGGAUAUGUAUGUCAUUUCAAAAAAUAAAGAAAAUUGCCUAUGCCACUUAAAGUGUAAUGAAUGCAAUGAAUGUAUUCAUUCUUAUGUAUGUUCAUGUGUUGAUUCAGCUAUUAGGUGGAAUAUGUGUAAGCACAUACAUUUCCUUUGUAUGAAUAAGGAUGAGAAGCAUAAUGCAGAAAAUUUAGAUAUACCUAAACUUGAUGCUUUCUUAAGUAAUAAUUUAGUAAUGAAUGAUGAUAAUGAACAAGAUGUUUUAGUCAAUGAAUUAUGCCAGCAAAAGGAGGUUGAAGUCAGCAGUUUAGAAAAAACUAAAACUGAUCUAAAAAAUCGAUUUUUUAAUUUAAUUGAUAAUUUAAAAACACAAGAACAGUGUAAUUUAAUUCAGAAAGGGUACUUGUCAUUGCUUGCAACAUCAAAUGCAAUAGUUAAUAUUGAUAAAUCAGCCACGUUUCCCUUAAUGGAAUGUAAUCCACCCAACAAAAAUAUAGUUCCUCAACGAAAAUUUGUGGCCAAAAAGAAAAAGAGGCUUUCCUCAGAUAACAUAAAGAUGACUUUCACACAAAAAGAUGCAGAUAAUUUAACUUUACCUUUAAUCCUUAAUUUUAAAAACAGUAAAGAAAGUUAAAUUGCUUACAAUUUUAAAACCAUUUAUAAGCAAAAAUUUUUAAAAUAUAUGUGGCUUUUCCCAAAACUGUUACUUAGUGGACUUUCAUAAAUUAAUAAUUUAAAUUGGGAAAAAAUUUCUUUAAAUUAUGAUAAUUUAAAUUUUGCUCCAAACUUUUAUUUAGAAGCUAAUUAUUAUACCCUACAAGUACAGUCUUUAUUUUUGUCUCCUGGGUUCUCAUUCAUGAGGGAUAGCAGCUAUAUUAGAGGAAAAUGCAACUUUUAUUUUAAUGAGUAGCAAUUUUGUUUCGAAUUCUUAAUUGUAAUAGAUAGAUCAAAUAAAUAUUUGCUAUGAUGUUCGACAUGGAAAUUUCCCAACACUAUUACAAUGCCUAAAUUUUGAAAUGUACAUUUAAAAAAUCUCAUCAAUUUCAUUUUUAUUACUCUCUUGAAAUUUUACUAAUGUUACUUUUGUGUAUAAAAAUUAAUCUUUUAUUUAUUUUCUAUUUAAAAUGAAAAAUUAAGUACUUAAGGAAAUUAGAAGUUUUUCU